CGUUCUCUGUUUACACCCUCUAAAGUUACCGCGGAGUACAGAUGGUGCCUAGCAUACGCGCAGUAGACAGAGGAAAUAGGAGCACUCGUGCUUUCUAAUUAGACGUGGCUAGUUCGCCUUCACUUGCAAAACUCGUCAAAAGAUAAGAAAUAUCGACCGUGCUCGGCAGAACUGCAAGUUUGCUUGGAAGCAGCUUCUGCGAAAGUCGAUCCCUUAUCUCGCUCAGGUGUGACUGACUGAUUGCACUUUCUGGACAAAGCAAGCUUCGAUCGGCGGACAAUGGUGGGCAUGAUGAAGAAAGUGAAGACCUUCGAGGUGAUCUUCAGCGACCCCAGCAAGACGGCCUACUCCAGCGGGGACAAGGUGGCCGGCCGGGUGGCGCUGGAGGUGUCCGAGGUGACGCGGGUGACGGCCCUGCGGGUGCUCGGCGUGGGCUGCGCCAAGGUGGAGUACGCCAAGGGCAAGCAGCGGUGCCGCGAGGAGAUGGACUACCUGAAGUACGAGGACACGCUGCACCUGGACGACCAGCCCACAGACAAGGAUGGCUCUGUGACUCUGAGACCGGGGAACAAAUACGAGUACAUGUUUGGAUUUGAGCUUCCUCAGCAAGGGCAGCUGGUGUCCUCCUACAAGGGGAAGUUCGGGAGUGUGCAGUACUACGUGAAGGCCCUGCUGGAGAGACCCUCCCACCCCACCCUGGAGACCACCAAGAACUUUGACGUGGUGGAGCCCCUGGACGUCAACACCCCUGACCUGGAUUCUCCAGCAGCCGGGGCCAAGGAGAAGAAGGUCACCUGUAUGUUCAUCCCUGACGGACAGGUGUCUCUGAACGCCAGGAUCGACCGCAGGGGCUUCUGCGAAGGCGAGGAUAUCUGCAUCAGCGCCAAGUUCGAGAACACCUGCUCCCGCAUCGUGGUGCCCAAGGCCGCCAUCAUCGCCAAGCACACCUACCAGGCCAACGGCCGCACCAAGGUCUUCCGGCAGAAGCUGUCGUCGGUGCGAGGGAACCACAUCAUCUCUGGCAUGUGCGACGCCUGGCAGGGCAAGACCAUCCGCGUGCCCAAGAUCAAGCCGUCCAUCCUGGGCUGCAACAUCAUCCGCGUGGAGUACGCGCUGAUGAUCUACGUCCACAUCCCGGGCAGCGACAAGCUGAUGCUGGAGCUGCCCCUGGUCAUCGGCACCGUCCCCUACAACGGGCUCAGCAGCCGCAACAACAGCAUGUGCAGCCAGGGCGGCAGCAGCACCUCCUCCAACAGCUGGGUGUCCCUGCGCAUGCCCAGCGCGCCGCCCAGCUACUGCGACAUCACCCGGGACUGCAGGCUGGACACCCCUCUCACCCCGCUGCUGGACGACUACGACGAGGGCGACAGCCCCCUCUUCAUGAACGCCCCCGAGUUCCAGUUCCCUCCCCUGCCAGCCUACUCCGAGGUUGACCAGGAGUACAAUGGGAAUCCUCUUGUGCAGGCCUGCUGAAGAGAUGUCCAGAGCACUCCGAGCCCAGCGUCUGGGGCUUCUGCGUCUCUUCAGAGCGUGUGUUUUUUUUUGGAGAAGAGAUCAGGGGGACCGCCGCGGAGAGAGACUGGUUGUUUUUAAUCGCGUCUCCGAGACUGGGGCCGGCCUGGUGUGUCCUGCCGAAGGAAAGGAGUCGGAAGACGGCGGCCGCCGGUUGAAGUCGUGCCUUUUUCCUGGGUGGGGGUGGGGAGGGGGGCGCUGUGGACUGUGGGUGACCUUCCCGCCUCGCGAUCCAAAAAGCCCGAGCUGAACGCUCUGCGUCUCCAGGCCUGGUGCUUUUUGUUCUUCCCAGCUCCUUCUGAGACCUUUUCUCACUCUGGUGCUGCUUGUUGUUGGGGUGACACUCCUACAAAUGUAGAAACCCCUCCUCGCUCAGUAUUUCAUAAGCUAUCUCUCUCCACGCGAAAAGACAUUUUGAGGGUAGUUUCAAAUAUGUGGAUUGGAACGGGCCACACUGACCACUCCCGGCCCACUCUCGUGGGGCCUAGUCUGUGGUUUGAAGCCUCAGGCUAAAGUUGGAGCUGUACCCCAUACCCUCCCCACACAACACCUGUGUGCUGCUUUCUGGAUUUGUCCAUAUGCAUUUUGUAGUCAUUCCAUAAAUCCAUUUUCAUUGUAGUGGGGGGGGAGGGGGGGUUAUCUAAGGAACCACUUAUUUCCCUAGGAAAGCAGUCUGGGUUGAUUUGUUACCAUAAAGGCACACAAGAUGACUUGUUUUCUUUUUGGUUGUAUGUGAGAUUGUUUGCAUGUGUAUUUCAUGUUCCAUAUACAGUUUCUUAGAACAACUUUUGGGAAGAACUGUUCCACAGCAAUUAUUUUUCUACUGUAAUGUUGCACUUUCUGCGAAUGCAAGUUGCUCUAUAACUGCCUAAAGGAAAUUAUGUGAACUUUCUUUUUUUUCUAGAAGUCUUCCAGGCUUAGUUUAUGAUCUUUUGUAGAAAAAAUUGAAUUGUUUUUGUAUUGCGUUAGAGCCGUGUGUCACAGACUGGAGCAGAAGAUCUAAAAGCACAUUGGUUUCCUUGGAUUAACCAAAACCUAUAAUUAAGGCAACGCAUUCUAUUGUCAAAUCUGGUUA